AAGUGCGUUUGGGCCUGAAGUCUUGCCUGUCAGACAACACUGCGGGCUUCAGGGACUGUACGGCUCCUCCUGCAACGCGCAUGCGUAACACGGAGCGGAGAGCCGGAGCCUCCUCCAGAUCACACGCAGACGUUCUCCGGGAGUCAGGCGGCGGUCGGCCACCCAGGAGCUCCGAGUCUGUGAGGAGGAGCAGUUUCUGCUAGCGGAGAGGAGUAUGUACCCUCCAGGAACAAAAUAACGUUUAUCGUCUCUCUGCUGCACUAACACCAUCUGCCGCUGAGGGUCUUCUGGUCUGCACGAAAAGCUGUUUCUGCUGCAGGACGGACAUGUGGUGGUUCCAGCAGGGUCUCUGCUUCCUGCCCGCUGCGCUGGUCGUUUGGACGGUGGCGUCCUUCGUCUUCGCCUACAUCACAGCGGUGGUUCUGCGACAUGUGGACCCGCUGGUGCCUUACAUCAGCGACACGGGAACCAUGGCGCCGGAGCGGUGCGUGUUUGGGAUCAUGAUGGACAUGUCGGCCUUCUUAGGGAUGGCCACGAUGUACGUGCGAUACAAGCAGGUGGAGGCUCUUGGUGGAGAAGAGGAUCUCUGUCUGUGGAGGCUGAACGUCAUCGGGCUGGGGCUGGGCUUCAUCAGUUCCUUCGGCAUGUGCGUGGUGGCCAACUUCCAGAAGACCACGCUGUUCUCCAUGCACCUGGUGGGGGCGGUGCUGACCUUCGGGUUCGGGGCACUCUACAUCAUGGUCCAGACGGCGCUGUCGCUUCGCAUGCAGCCCCACAUCCACGGCAGGACCAUCUACCUGGUCCGGCUUAGCAUCGGGAUCUGGACCGUGGGCAGCAUCAUCAGCAUGUUCGUGUCGUCCGUCAUCAUGUACAGCAGUCUGCCCGGCGUAGACGUUCCUCGCAAGCUUCACUGGACUCCUGGAGAAGUGGGCUACACACCUCACCUCAUCAGCACCGUGUCCGAGUGGUCUCUGGCCUUGUCCUUCAUCAGCUUCUUCCUCACCUACAUCAGGGAUUUCCAGAAGAUCAACUUGCGGGCGGAGGUCCACCUGCUGAGCAGCCACCUGUACGACGGGCCUCAUGAGGGCGCUGCAGCGCCACGCGUGAACGGCGGCUCUGAAACCUCCCCUUUGCUGGCAGGAUCCACGUGACCCCACCCCCUCACUAAAAGCAGCACUUUUACCUUUUUAAUAUUUUCUUAAAGAACGUUGAUCUUCACGGUCCUGUCCCCGCUGCUCCUCCUCAGUCUGACUCUGACCUCUGCUAAUGACCACACAGGAGCGUUCUGUGGGGAGGGGCUUGGUUCCACACAAAUACAUUAAUGACCUCUGAGUCUGGCUCCGCCCACUUCUACAAUGCUCUGAAAGGAGCUGAGUGUCUGAUCUGCAAAGGUCUGAAGAUGGAGGUGAAAACCUGACAAAGGUUUUUGGAUCUUCAUCCUUCCUGCACUGGAUGGUCUGGUUCUGCUUCUGGUUCUGAAGGUCUAACAGAAUCAGAAUUGUUCUUUUAUUAUUCAAUUUAGUCAGGAUCCCAUUUGAUCCACUAACAGGUUGUCUGAGUAAUUCUAAACUGUUCUCUGAUUGGUUGAAGGAAACACGCCAAUGCUAGAACCUGGCAAUGGAGGGGUUCUGCAGAAACAAAGUUCUGCUUUGCAGUCAUGGAGACGGCAGCUUUAGGACUCUUGAGCAUCAGAACCUUCAGUCUAUCUGAUCUUCAUUCUGAUCCACACGACUGAUGGAGAACUUUAUCUGCAGUCUGAGAGCCCUCUGAUGGUUCUGUUCUGGUUCUGGGGGAACACGUCUCAUCUAAUCCUGUUUGUCUCAGAUUUUUCAGAGAAAACUUUCUGCUGUGAUCAAACUAACAUGAAUGAUUCCAACUGUCCAAUAAACUGAUCAGAUAAAGGUU